AUGUGCAAAGUCACAACCGACACCCCUCCCGUGUCGCCGUCUUGCGGUGGCAAAUCAAUUGUGGUUGGCAUUGCAGCGCCAUCAUCAUCAUCCGAGAGUGAACGGCCGUCGCGAAAGCGCCGAGUACGAUUUGGAACAGAUGAGGAACGUGUCUUUGAGAAGGACUUCACUGCUGAUGACAUGUGCCACAUUUGGUACAACGUUGAAGAGUUCAUGAACAUGAAAUCAGAAAUCUACGGCAUGAUUCGAUACAUCAACAGCCAGCCCUUGCAUCUACAGAACAGCGAUGUCCACGACAGCGCAUAUUACUGGAGAGGCUUUGAGCACAUCAAGCAGAAGCGACCCCGAAAGGAAAUCCGUCGAAAGCACGUCAGUGAUUUGCUCUACUUUCACAAAGUAAUGAGCAUCACGGAUCCAGUUGGUCUGGGCUUGCUGGCUGUUAGCAACAGUCGAGAGGCUUUGGAGCGAGCUCGGCAGUUGGCCGUCAAGGAUGAAUCUGAAGCCUUUGCAAUCUACAACGAAGAUUACACGGAUAUUGUAUCCUCGUCUUCAGACGAUGAAUCCUCUACGUGUUCGGAAGGAUCAUCAGUUGUGGUGUCCAUGCAAGAUGAUGAAUGCGAAGUCCAGCCCAUCAAUCCAAUGACAAUGACCAUCUGCCGGGGAGAGGAAGACUCCAAGACUGUUCGUCUCCUACAAGUACAUGACAACCUGCCUGCGCUGGCCCCCGUCGAGGACGACGCUGUUCUCUCGCUUAUGUUGCUCCCGUACAAACUGGCACUUUUGCUCUUCCCAUGUAUCUGUUAG